ACCGGAGACCUGCUAUUCAUCUUGAAACCUUUCCUCUUCCUUUCCAAAAUGUUCCACAAAAAAACAGACAAUUCUUUCACUAAUAACCAUAUGAAGGUCAGCAACUUCUAUGGCUUGAAAGAGCUCCUAAACCAAACCUUGGUGUUUCAUGUGGAGGGUGCAUUACUAAAAACAUCUUCCCUCUUUCCUUACUUCAUGCUUGUGGCUUUUGAAGCUGGAGGCCCUUUAAGAGCCCUUAUUUUGCUUCUUUUAUACCCUUUGAUACAUUUGGCGGGUGAAGAAGAAUUGGGUCUGAAGAUUAUGGUUUUUCUAUCCUUUUUUGGGAUUAAAGAGAAGAGUUUUAAAAUUGGAAAAACUGUGUUGCCCAAGUUCUUUCUAGAGGAUGUUGGAUAUGAAGGAUUCAUGAUGGUGAUGAGGGGUGGGAAAAGGGUAGGAGUGACUGAUCUCCCUAGAGUUAUGGUUGAUGGGUUCUUGACAGAUUUCUUGGGAAUCAACAAAAUUGUUGGUAGAGAGUUGAAAGUGGCAGGUGGGUAUUUUUUGGGUUUAAUGGAGGAAACGAAAGCUAAUAACCUCAAUUUGAAUGAGAUUCUUGGAAAUAAUAAUAAGAAAGCUGGUUCUGAUCAUGUUAUUGGGCUUGGCUGCUCCAACAAUUCUCUUGAUAAACUACUUUUUUCUAUUUGCAAGGAAGUUUAUUUGGUCACUGAAGCUGAGAAAAAGAACUGGCAAACACUUCCAAGAGAGAAAUACCCGAAGCCAUUGGUCUUCCAUGAUGGAAGAUUGGCUUUCAGGCCAACUCCAUUUGAAACCCUAGCAACAUUCAUAUGGAUUCCAUUUGGGGCUUUCUUAUGCAUUUUUAGAUUCAUUAUAGCUAAACUAUUACCUUUAAAACUCUCUCUCCCCAUAUUGUCCUUCACAGGGAUGAGAAGUGAGGUGAAAAAACCCAAUUCUUUCACCACCGUUCCAACAAAAGCAGAGGACAAAAGGGGAAAACUAUAUGUCUGCAACCACAAAACUGUGCUUGAUCCAAUCUAUGUUUCUUUGGCCAUCAUGAAACCUACUAAUACAAUCACUUACAGCAAAAUUGGACUCACUGAGUUGCUCUUUCCUGUCAGGACAGUACGAUUAACAAGGGACAAAGAGAAAGACUCAAAAAUGUUGGAACAGGUACUGAGCAGAGGUGAAGAUAUCGUGGUUUUUCCAGAAGGAACAACAUGCAGUGAACCAUAUCUACUUAGUUUUAGUCCUUUAUUUGCAGAGCUGAGUGAUGACCAGGUUGUUCCAGUUGCCAUAAAGACUGAGGUUAGCAUGUUCCAUGGAACAACAAAUAGAGGGUCUAAAUUCUUGGACUUGGUAUUUUUCCUUAUGAAUCCAUCUCUAACCUACUCCGUUGCGAUUCUGGAGAAGUUGCCCAGAUCAUUUAGAGGUCACGGUGGUGAAAAAUCAAAGUGUGAAAUAGCUAAUCUUGUGCAGAGUGAGAUUGCCAUGGCCUUGGGUUUUGAGAGCACUUGUUUAAGCAAGAAGGACAAGUAUAUUAUGUUAACUAGGAUCUAAUUAAUCGAGGCGCGAACAAUAUAUAUAUAUAUAUAUAUAUAUAUAUAUAUAUAUAUUUUGAAAUAAAUCGAGAUACAAUAUUUAUAUAUAUGUAUAUCAGAAAUGAUCUAGCGCAUCAUAAGUUUUAUUUUUAUUUUUUUUUAAUUAAAGAUAUAGUGCAUAAUGUCACUAACAAUAUGUUGUGCAAUGAAAGGGCAAAAGUCCUAAGAGGACA